AUGCCCCGUUGCGCCCUCGUCACUGGCUGCAGCGCCGGUGGUAUCGGCUCGGCCCUGGUGGAGGAACUCCAGGCCCAAGGUCUGAGGGUCUAUGCGACCGCCCGCUCCCCAGCCAAGAUGAACCAUCUUGCUAAACUUCCCAACGUUACUCUUGUUACCCUCGACAUUGUCGACCCGGCCAGCAUUGCCGCUGCCGUCAAUACCGUUCGACAGGAUUUGUCUUUGCACGGUGACUCCCUCGACAUCCUCAUCAACAACGCCGGCCAAUCCCUCGUCUAUCCCGCGCUGGACACCUCGAUCGACGAGGCCAAGCGUCUUUUUGAUGUCAAUUUCUGGGGUGUCCUCGCUGUCACCCAGGCUUUCAUGCCGUUGCUGCAGGCUGCCGAGAAUGGCAGUACCCUCGUGAAUGUCUGCUCUAUCUCGGGCUUCUUGUACGCCCCCUGGAUGAGUGUCUACAACGCUUCAAAGGCCGCUCUGAUGUCUUGGAGCGAGACUCUCCGGUUGGAAGUAGAGCCCUUUAAUAUCCGGGUUAUCUCUCUAGUCACUGGCUCUGUCGCCACAAAUGUCAUGUCGCAUUCGAGCCUGACCCUGCCCGAAAACUCUCUUUACCAAAAGGCGCUCCCGGAGAUUCAGACACGCGGUGUCGGGAUGGAUGUCUCAAAUAAGAGCGCGCCGGCAGACUUUGCUCGCGAGGUUGUUAAGGAUAUCCUGGGCGGAGCCUCAGGACCUGUGUGGCGUGGAGCUAUGGCUUCCAUGGUGAAGCUCAUGUCCAAGUACAUGCCAACAGGUAUUUUAGACCGAGCAAUGAAGGGGGGAACUGGGCUGGACAAGCUGCCUUGA